GAGGAGGAGUUCAAGCGCAUAUUUGGCAUGCCAGUGGUCGUCAUCCCCACCAACCGCCCCAACAUCAGAAAGGACCUUGACGUUGUAGUUUUCCUGCAAGCGCGCAACAAGGUGCACCAUGUCAUCCAGGAGAUCGUCAAAAUGAACCAACUCGGCCGCCCUGUUCUUGUGGGCACUUCCAGUGUGGACGAGUCAGAGCGUCUCUACGCCAUGCUGCAGGUGGAGCAUCCUCGUCGGUUUGCCCACAUUCAAGUUCUCAACGCUCGGCCCGAAAAUGCAGCGCGUGAGGCAGAGAUUGUAGCGCAGGCGGGGCGGUUUGGAGGCAUCACCAUCUCCACCAACAUGGCUGGCCGUGGCACUGACAUUGUGCUGGGCGGCAAUCCCGAGCUCCUGAGCAAGGAGGUGGUGAAGUGGGCACUGUUUGAAGCGCCAGCAGCCACAGCGGGGAACUACUCGGCUUUCAAGAAAGGCCCACAUGCGAGGCAGGGGUUCUGGCCUAUUAAACUCCAAGAGGAUACCUUAAAGGAGCUCUACGCUGCUCAGUUCUCAUGGCGCAGCGUGGCAGCGGACUGGUCGGAGGCGCAGCAGCAGGCUGUGCUAGAGCAGGCAGAGACACAGGCUUUAAGGCCGUCAGCCACUCCCGGGGCUGGCGAGGGCAAGGAGGAGGGUUGGGAAUGGGGGGAACGCAGGGAGGAGGCGGGCGCAGGGAUGUGGGGAGGAGAUGCUGCAGAGGACACCGGAAUGAGCCCUCUACCCUGGCGGACCGGUGAAAGCGACAGCACCACCAGCAUCAGUAUCAGCAACGGUAGUGGUAUCAGCAGCCGGAGUGGUGGUUUCAGCAGCAGCAGCAGCAGCGGGGAGGGGGAGGGGGACGAGAGCGAUGAGGACGAUGCAGACGUGUGGGGGGGAGGCGGAGGGGUGCUGGGAGUGCGGGCGGUGCCGCGGUCGAUGCAGGAGAUGGUGGUGCGGGUGGUGGGGCGGGCGCUGGGGCGAGUGAGUGCGGACUGUAAGGCGCACUGCCAGGAGGAGGGCGAGUAUGUGCGCUCGCUGGGAGGGCUUCAUGUCAUCGGCACUGCACUCAGUGAAUCCAGGCGGAUUGACAACCAGUUGAGGGGAAGGGCAGGUCGCCAGGGCGACCCUGGGUCAACGCAGUUUAUCAUCAGCAUGGAGGACGACAUGAUGAGGGAGGUGCUGCCAGACUCCUCUCGAGCCAUGCUGGAGCAGCUAUUGUACACGGGCGACUUUGACGAGGGCUUUCCCCACAUGGCCUUGACUCUCGCUUUGGUGCAGACGCAGAAGACCAUCGAAGCUGCCAUGUUCGAGCGGCGGAGGCAAAUGCUUGACUACGAUCAGGUCUUUGAGCUGCAGCGCAAGCACGUAUACGAGCUGAGAGAGUCAAUUCUGGAAGAGUCACCUCAAGUUCGACACACACGCGCACAACUGUACAUCCAAGCAGUGGUGGAUGAUGUGGUGAAGGAAAACUGCUCUCCCUCCAAGCCAGUGGCGUCAUGGCCCAUCGACACCUUGCUCAAGCGCCUUUCUCGCACCACUGGCAUAGACAUCUCCCAGCACGUGGAUGCCACCUCCCUCAGCUCCGCCCUUUCCCACUCCCCUCCACCGAACGCCGGCCACCGCUGGGACCUCAGAAAGCACCUCCCCCACGUCCUGCCUCCCCUGCCUGAGGUGCUGCCGGCUUUUGGGGUAGGCUCCAACUCUGCUGCUGCUGGUGCUGGUGCUGGUGCUGGUGCUGCUGCUGCUGCUGCUGCUGGUGGUGCUGCUGCUGCUGGUGCCGGUGGUGCGGCGGGUGCGGCUGCUGUUGGAAGUGCAAAUAAGAGGGAGGAGGAGGAGGAAGGGGGAGAGGCGGAAGCAAUGCGGGAGGAGCUGAGAUGGAGAGAGAUUCUUCGUGACUCUCCUGACCUGAGGGGCAGGUCAUCAAAGCACCUGGCAGCGCUGCGCAAGUACCUGGGAGACGUGGUGGUCACGAGCUACAGGGCCCACCUUGCUCUCUUCGUUGCAUCACCCCAGCAGAUGGAAUUCUUUGAGAGAGAGUCGCUGCUGUCGACACUGGACCGGCUGUGGAGUGUGCACAUCGCAAACAUGGCACGGCUGAGGAACGCGGUGAGCGUGCAGGGCUUUGGGAGGGAGAACCCGCUAGAGGAGUUCAAGAUCGAGGGCACACGCUUCUUCAUCUCCACGCUCUUCGCCAUGCGGAGGGAGAGCGUGCAGGCGCUGCUCUCUGCUUUCCUGGCGGACACAGAGGGGGAAAUUGAUGGUGGUGGUGGGAAUGUGGUGUAG